AUGGAGCAAAUUCAGAAGAUGCAGCUGCUCGUGUUUGGCGACCAGACUGCUGGCUUCAAUGCUUCGCUGCGUCGUCUGAUCAACAUCAAGCACAAGUCUCUGUUGACCUCCUUCCUCCAGCGCUCUCACUUUGCCCUCAAACAUGCCAUCGGUCGUUUGCCUGAAGAGCAACGCUCCGAUUUCCCAAACACAGCCUCCCUGCCCGACCUGCUUGCGGACUACGCCCUAUCAGUACCGCACCCAGCCCUCGAGUCGGCCUUCCACUCCAUGAACCAGCUCGGCAGCUUCAUUGCGUUGGUUUACUCUUCCCUGUGAAUGAUGAACCCAUUCUAACAUACUAAUGCAGGGCUUACGAAGAUGGCGACCGCCCAUACCCAUCUUCAUCUGACGUUCGAACCGCCGGUGUCUGUACUGGAGUCCUCGCUGCCGUUGCGGUCAGCUUCGCGCAAAGCGUCGAGUCCCUCGUCCCACUUGCCGUCGAGACGGUACUAGUCUCGUUCAGGACUGGCAUGCGAGCCCACGAGAUUCGAUCUAGAGUCCUUAAGGGGGAGACGGAGCCGUGCUCAUGGCUUGUCAUGGCUUCACAGGCUACUGUAGAGAAGGCCAUCGCCCAGUUCUGCCAGGAUCAGGUAAGUACCAUGGACCGAUUCUAAGGGGAAAGCAAAUCACUGACCGGAAUACAGCAUAUUCCAACGACCAUCUCGCCCUACAUUAGCGCAAUAAGCCCGAGCUGCAUCACUCUCAGCGGUCGACCAAGCAUCGUUCGUCAGUGUUUGGAGACUACCGAGUUGAGCAAGUGCAAGCCAAUGAAGCUGCCCAUCUAUGCGCCCUAUCAUACUGGGCAGCUCUACUGCGACGCUGACGUCGCCAACAUCCUCUCGGCAGCAGAGCAAGAGAUCCUCGAACGUCGCAGCUCCAGCUUGCCACUUCUCUUCCCACAGGAAAUCAGCGAUCUUGGUUCAGCUCUGCGCUUCGCCCUGCGUCAGAUUCUGAUUGAGCCGGUCCAGCUGAACAAUCUCUCCCGCUCGCUCGCGGACGCGGCAAAGAGAGUCGAUUGCAGCAAGGUCACGAUUGUGCCUGUUGCUGCUACUGCGUUGCAGGGCGUGGCCACCGCCGUGGCCAAAUGCGGCGUCUCAAGCGUUGACGUCGCCACAGAUAUCGCGGAGUUGAGCAGGAAGAUCGAACAGGCUACUGCUACUGGCAACCCGGGCCACAGCAAAUUAGCCAUUGUCGGCUUCGGAGGUCGUUUCCCAGAAGCUGACAGCUUGGACGAAUUCUGGCAGCUUCUUCAAGAUGGACGUGACGUUCACAAGCCGAUUCCAGCGGACAGAUUUGAUGCCGAAGCCCAUUGGGACCCUACUGGAAAGCGACGUAAUACCAGCAAGGUCAAGCACGGUUGCUUCAUUCGUCAGCCGGGCUUGUUCGACGAGAAGUUCUUCAAUAUGAGUCCUCGAGAGGCUGCCAACUCAGACCCUGCCCAGCGUCUGGCUAUCACCACUGCAUACGAAGCUAUGGAGAUGGCGGGAAUGGUGCCUGAUGCCACAAACGUACGUCAAUCCCUAUGUAUACUCGGGGUGCCUCGGAUGUUUGCUAACUUUUGAUCACAUGAAUAGUCUACCCGCCGUGACCGUGUUGGCAUCUUCUACGGCAUGACUUCCGACGAUUGGAGAGAGGUCAAUUCGGGGCAGAACGUCGAUACCUAUUUCAGUGAGCAUUCCAUCCUACCCAUCGGCGUACAACAUGCUGAUCACAUACUUUGCAGUUCCUGGAGGCAAUCGCGCUUUUACUCCUGGACGUCUGAACUAUCACUUCAAGUUCUGCGGCCCCAGCUUCAGUAUUGACACUGCUUGCUCUUCCAGCUUGGCAGCUAUCAAUGCUGCUUGCAACACUCUGUGGAAGGGCGAUUGCGACACUGCGAUUGCAGGAGGUAAGAUACCAAAGGCACAAGCCAUCCCCAACGCACAUCUCGUCGUCAAGCCACUACCCAUCCUGCCAGCUCCUGGUGUCUGAGGAACCCACUGACCUUCCAACAGGCGUAAACAUCAUCACGAAUCCUGACAACUUCGCCGGCCUGGACCGCGGUCAUUUCCUUUCCACCACGGGCAACUGCAACACCUUUGACGAUGCCGCCAAUGGCUAUUGCCGUGCUGAUGCAAUUGGGACUAUCAUCCUCAAGAGACUUGAAGAUGCAGAGGCUGAUCGUGAUCCCAUCCACGGCAUUAUUCUAUCGGCCAGCACGAACCAUUCCGCUGAGGCAGAGUCCAUGACACGCCCGCAUACCGGUGAGCUUUUGAUUCCUCUAAUCAAUUCGACUAUCAGCUAAUGACUCGAUAGGCGCCCAAGUAUCUAUGCUCAAUCACAUGCUCAACUCCGCCGGCCUUGAAUCUCGUGACGUUAGCUACGUGGAGAUGCACGGCACUGGUACCCAGGCUGGAGACGCCACCGAGAUGCGAACAAUGCUUCAGGUCUUCGCACAGGACCAGAAGCAGCGCGGAGACCGUCCGAUCCAUGUCGGCUCAGUCAAGAGCAAUGUUGGCCAUUCUGAGUCUGCGUCUGGCGUCACGGCACUUAUCAAGGUUCUACUCAUGAUGAAGGCGUCUGCUAUUCCUCCUCACUGCGGUAUGUUCUCCAUAUUGAAUUCUUUCGCCUCUGCUGACACUACUGGUUCGCAGGUAUCAAAACCAAGAUCAAUCACAAUUUCCCAACCGAUCUUGCUCAGCGCAAUCUGCACAUCGCUUUCAAGACUACACCUUGGGAGCGCCAUGCCGAUGGCAGACCUCGUGUGGCGUUCGUAAACAACUUCUCGGCCGCCGGUGGCAACAGCUCUGUUCUGCUUCAAGACGGACCAGUUCGUGGUGCCAUUCCAACAGAGGAUGCCCGUCUCUCUCAAGUUAUUACUAUCUCCGGGAAGUCAAAGAACGCUCUGCAACAGAAUCUCCAGGCAAUGCUUCAGUGGGCUCAGAGCAACCCCAAUGCAUCCCUGCCAGCGCUUUCAUACACCACGACUGCUCGCAGAAUUCACUACAAUCACCGUGUCGGUAUCGCCGCAACGGACCUGGUCGCCGUACAGCAAGGCUUGCAGAAGGCAAUCGAACAAGAAAGGAAGCCAACCAAGAAGCGCAAGGUCGCUUUUGCCUUCACUGGUCAAGGCAUGCUCAAGAGCGGCAUGGGCAAGAUUUUCUACGACAACUUCUCCUCCUUCCGCUACGACGUCCUCCAAUAUGACAAGGUCGCUCAAGAUCUUGGCUUCGAGAGCUUCACUGGGUUUCUCACCGGAGAGAUCACGACCGAUACCAUGGAGCUUAGCCCAGUUGUCACUCAACUCGGCCAUGCUGCAUUUCAAAUGGCUCUGACCAAGCUCUGGAAGGCAUGGGGAGUGGAGCCAGUCGCUGUGAUUGGUCACAGCCUUGGCGAAUAUGCUGCCCUCCAUGCAUCCGGUGUUUUGUCGCCUAACGAAGUCAUCUUCCUCGUCGGCUCGAGGGCUACCCUCCUGAAGGAGAAGUGCACGCCCAAGACUCACGCCAUGUUGAGUGUCCGCGAAUCUGUCUCGACGCUCAAGAGCAAAUUUGGCAGCAAUCUUCCAGAAGUGGCUUGCAUCAACGGACCAAGCGACACCGUCCUGAGUGGACCAAACGAGGUCGUCGCUUCCGUGCUUGAGGCUCUAAUGGCCUCUCGCACGAAGCACACUGGUCUCAACGUCCCGUACGCUUUCCACUCCAGCCAAGUCGAACCAGUGCUCUCGAACUUCCACCUUAAGUGCCAGGGCGUGCAGUUCGCCGAUCCUACGGUUCCAUAUAUCUCGCCGUUGCUUAAACAAGUCAUCAACGAGGGCUCACGCCUCGGUCACGGAUACUUGGCUGAUGCUUGCCGUGGCACUGUAGAUUUCAAUGGCGCCAUCACUACUGCUCUGGAAGCUGGUGUUGUCGAUAAGGCCACGAUCUGGGUUGAGGUUGGGCCGCAUCCCGUCUGCUCCACCAUGCUGAAGAACAUCCUUGGCUCUGAGACUGUCGCCGUGCCAUCCACCUCGAUCAAGCAAGAGCCAUGGAGCGUGCUCGCCACUUCUCUGGCUUCGUUAUACACGGCUGGAGUGGACAUCAAGUGGUCGGCCUAUUGUUUCGAUUUCAAGGAGUCGGCUCAUGUCAUUGAACUUCCCAAGUACGCGUGGGACGCCAAGAACCACUGGAUUCAGUACAAGAACAACUUCACUCUUGACAAGGGCGAGACUCCCCCGGUGCAGCCGCUUCCACAGCUUCAGAUGCAACCCGUCCAGAUCUUGACCAAUUUCAAAACAACUGCCUCGGCACAAAAGGUCAUCCAGGAGUCUGAGAACUUCAUCGAGGUUGAGUCCGACAUUUCCACGCCGGCCCUCACAGGUGUCGUGCAAAACCACAAGGUCAAUGGCAUCAUGUUGUGCCCAUCUUCCCUCUACGCCGACAUUGGUCUUACACUGGCAAAUUACCUUGCCGAGGAGGCCAAGCAACUGGCUCCGACCAUCGGCUUGAAUGUGGCUGAGGUCAAGGUGAUGCGUCCUCUCGUAGCUACUGGUGCCAAGCAGCUUUACCGGGCUACUGCCAAGCUGGAUGUCCUCAGUCGCCAAGUGCGAGUCAGGAUCUCCAGCGUCAGCGAGGUCGGCAAGAAUAUGGGUGACCACUGCGAGUGCAUGAUCAAGCUGGAGGAUAAGGAAGCCUGGUCGCGUGACUGGAAGCGCAGUGCCUACCUCGUCAAGGCCCGCAUCAACACGCUCCACACCUCCGAGAGCGACAACGUCGAGAUUGUCAAGCGCAAUGUUGCCUACAAGCUCUUCAGCGCGCUGGUUGACUACGGCAAGCCUUACCAAGGCAUGGAACAAGUCGCUUUUGACAGCUUGGAGCAUGAGUCUUCCGCUCGUGUACGCUUCCAAGCUGAACCAGCGGAGGACUUCUUCUUCAGCCCGUACUGCAUCGACAGCCUGGGUCAUCUUGCUGGCUUCACCAUGAAUGCUGACAUGACCAAUGACUCUUCCAAGCAGGUCUUCAUCAACCACGGCUGGGACGCCAUGCAGGUAUCGAAGAAGCUCUCUGCUGCCGCUACUUAUCACACCUACGUCCGCAUGGCCCAUCUCGGCAACAAAUUGUACUCCGGCGAUGUCUACAUCAUGGAAGAUGAUGAGAUUGUUGCUGUCUACACUGGCGUCAAGUUCCAAGGCGUGCCUCGCCAGGUGCUUGAUGGUCUGGACCCAAGCAAAGCGAGAGCUCCCGCCAAGGCUACCGCGCCGAAAGCAGCUGCCGUGGCACCAAAGGUGCCAACCAUCAUGGAGAGAAGACAGUCGAUCAAGCCUGCCGAGAUUCCUAUUGCUCAGCUUUCCCAGCCGAGCAAGUCGAUUGCUGCCCUGGCCAUCAUUGCCAAAGAGGUCGGGGUGGAUGUCACCGAGAUGAAGCCAGAGCUUGCAUUUGAGGACGUCGGACUCGACUCUCUGCUCUCCCUGACCGUGGCCGAGUGCCUCCGCGAAGAGCUGGGUCUUGAGGUCGACAGCUCUUUGUUCAUCACCUGUGCGACCGUCAAGGAUCUUGUUGCUCAUCUCGACAAAUUGACUGGCUCGGCUCCCGUCCCACCUUCAUCGAGCGUGAAGAGCUCUUGCUCCAGCGUCUCCAUGUCCCGCUCUGUCUCCAGCUGGUCGGCAUCGAGCUGGUCAGAUGUUGGCUCUGGCACGCCAUCUACUGCGCAGACCAGUGUUGCUCCUACCGCCGCUCCCAGCGAGUGCGGUGACAAGCCCGAGCAAGCCACCACCACGGCCAACGACUCUGCUAUCGAGGGUAUCCGCCAGGUUAUCGCUGAAGAAAUUGGAGUUGAACUUGGCGACAUCACUGGGCCGACCGACUUCAACGAGCUUGGCCUUGACUCGCUACUUGCGUUGAACCUCACGAGCCGGCUGAGGGAGUAUCUUGACACUGACAUUCCAUCGACCCUCUUCACCGAUUGCAGCACCUUCAACGAGGUCCUAGCCACACUUGGGAUCCAGACUGCUGUUGCCAAGCCAUCGGCUCCAGAGGUGCCACGCGAGCCAGCUAGGGUUCUUCCACCAGCGAGUUCUGUCCUGCUUCAAGGGUCCGCAGCAACUUGCACUCAGAAGCUAUUCCUCUUUCCGGACGGCUCUGGAUCCGCAUCCUCCUACAUCGGUCUUCCUCAAAUCAGCAAAGACGUCGCAGUCUACGGUCUCAACUGUCCUUUCCAGAAGUCUCCUGCUGAGCUGGAGAAGAUUCGCCUCGACGAAUUGACGGCACCAUACAUCGCCGAAAUCCGUCGACGUCAACCACAGGGUCCAUACUCUCUCGGAGGCUGGUCCGCGGGUGGGAUCUGUGCCUACGACGCUGCUCAGAAACUCAUUGCUGCUGGAGAGAAGGUAGAACGUCUCCUUCUCCUCGACUCUCCCUUCCCCAUUGGUCUUGGUAAGCUCCCACCGCGGCUCUACCAGUUCCUCAAUGGGUUGAAUCUGUUCGGCGAGGGCACUCGUCCCCCUCCAUCCUGGUUGCUCCCGCACUUCCUGGCAUUCAUCGAGAGUCUGGAUACUUACCGCGCCGUGCCAUUCGCGCCCGGUACCGCGCCGAAGACUUUCGCGAUCUGGGCUGCGGAUGGUGUCUGCAAGGACAAGCCCAUGCCGGAACUCCUAGCUACGGACCCGAAAGAGAUGAAAUGGAUUCUCAGCAAUCGAUCUGAUUUCGGACCGAACGGCUGGGAUGGCUUGCUCCCCGGAGCGAAGUUUGCGACCAAGAAGAUGGAAAAUGCGAAUCAUUUCACCAUGUAAGUUUUUGCUUUCUCCUGCCUGUGAGAUUCUGGUUGCAUGUGCUGACGAGGUCGAUAGGAUGAAAAAUGACAAGGCCGCGGAGCUUAGCGCUUUCAUCGGAGAGGCCAUGAGCUCUUGA